AUUAAUCUCUCUAAAAAUAAAAAAAAAAUUGUGCAAUACGAUUGCUAUUAGAUUAUGUAUCUUUUUUGAAAGAUACUUGUUCUUAUCAGUAUCAUAUAUAUCUCAUGAUACACAUUUGAUGGGUAAGUUAUCAACUAUAAUUCAGUCUUAUUGCUCUAAUUGUGUUAAUCAUGUCAGGAAGAUGAUUACAUAUUUAUGCAUCUACGCUUUGUAACCGGUCGUAAAUAAUUGUUAGGACCGCUGUUGUAAUAAUUUUGAUAGACAAUGAGUGAAUUGAGCGAGACUUGUGUUGAUGAUUCCAGCUUGCAUCGGAGAAUUGCUGUCAGAUUUUAUACACGAUGCAUUUUCCUCUUAAAUACAACAUUUUGUUUUAAUAAUUUCUUGAUAUGUGAAAUUAAUAUUUCAGAUAUCUAAAAUUAUUAUAUUGAAUAAGUCGAUCAUCGAGUUUCACUGUUGUGUAUCAUUAAUUAUAAACGUUUUUCAAGACUCGUCUCAAAAGCAUCAUCCCUUUUUAUUAAAUCAACACAUGAUUACACGAUAAUCCCUCAAUUAGUCGCGAAUUAAUUUAGUGUAUAAUUGGUGAAUUUUGGAGAAGAUAAGAGAUAUGGAACCUAAAUUCGAGAUGUUUUACAUGGUAUAUUGUAUAAAAAAAUAAAUGCUAGAAUAUGUAAGUAAGAAGUCUUUCUAGAGAUCAUUAAGCUUGUUCUUUUUAGAUGCACUUCCUACGCUUUCUCUCUUCCUUUUUUCUCUUUCCAAAGCGUAAACUUGUAGUUGUUUCGUUUUAAGUACAGAAAGCGUACAGAAGAGAAGAGUACAGAAUUAAUAAGAACAAACAUAAUGAUCAAUCGAAAUGUAUCGUGACGGAGAGAUGCUCUAAUAAUUUUAUUAUUCAUUUAUUUUAAUUUGGCGAAUAUAAUAAGAUGGAAACGUACAACCGCAAAUGAUCCUUUAAUUUGGCGAAUAUAAUAUAAGUUGUAACGAAUUAUCGCAAUUCUUUGACGAGGGAUUGCGUCCCUUAUGUUAUAUACGUCCUUGUAUAUUGCUAAGUUUUUAAUUGUAUGUAUUCGGACUUGUGAUCAUUAUCUCUCGCCGCUUAUAUUUUUAUUUAAAAAUAUAUAUUUUGGCACUUAUAUGUGUGAAAGUGAAUGAAUGUUAGAAAACAAGAAAUGGAAGUCUUUGUUCGAAGGGAAAGAUGUGUGCCUAAUUUUUUCAUUGCUUUAAAUGAAUGAAUUUAAAUUAUUAUGGUCAACAGAUAUUAAUAUUUAUUUCGACUAACUCGGGUCAAGAUCCAGAAAUUGAAAAGUUGUUGAAAAGAUGCGAAAUAGACCUCGAGAUAAUGAUCAAGCCCCGUUCUUAGUUUACGUACACGCGAUCGAAAGGGACCGAUCCGAUAUCGAUAGCGAUCGAAGGGCAUAAAGAAAAAAAAAUAGUAGAUAUGUAAAUGCGCAGUUUUUCUCGGAUCAGCCGGCGAAAUCGCGGGCGAGAGCUGAUUGUGGGUCAGUUGACUUGUUUGUCAAACGACGUGCGCACCCACAUAUUCGGAGCAGCAUUCCCCCUCUUUACCCUCGACCGACCCCAUUCUCUCUUGUAAUUAAUUUACAUAAGCAUAUUCAUUGUAAAACUAUUCACACAUGGGCUGUAAAACUCGCGCGGCUGACCUCACACAUUCUACGGAUUCACACAUGAUUAUCCAUAUAAUUAUAGAUACCUAUUACGAGUAUAGCAUUCAGUAGCGUAAAUAAUAAAGUAAUUAAAUAAAUGUCAAUCAUAUAUCCUAUCAAGUAUAAUAUUUGAGGUACUUUUAAUCUCGACGAUGAUUAAUUAAAGUAAGUCGUCAAAUUUUAAUGAAGAAAUAAAGAAAAAGACUUAACGAGGAAAAUUUUAUUCCAGAUUUAUAAGGUAAGUGAAACUACAUUAUAAAAUUUUAAAAUUGAAAUAAUAGCUGUUGCAUAUGCAAACUUCACUAGAAUAAUGUAUUUUCUUAUUGUUGAGAAAAAAACCGCACGCGCAUAAGUAACAUCACUAGACUAUAUAUCAUGAGAGACUCUUUAUCACAUUUUUUAAUCGCAUUCAAUACACUUGCCAAGGGUCAGCUUGUCAAACGCUAUUCAUUUUUGCCUAUGUUAUAUUUAUAGGAGAUGUAUACUUAUUGUAAGUAUGUCCAGUUAUGGCAACUCGCUUGAUUGCUAUUGAACAUAGGGGGAAGGCAGAAAAAACGGAAGCGUUACAUGAAAUAUUAAUUUAUUUUCCGUAACGGAAAAGACUUUGCGAGGGAAGGUGUAUGUCAGAUAUUGAAGUGAUGUUGAAGUGAUGUUGUGCCUAACAAAAAUUAUUUCAAAUAAUAUAGAAGACAAUAGAAAUUAUUAUUACGAUGUUAGUAAAAAAUUCUUGUGGAUGGUCGGCCAGUGGCCUUAUCAGAAGCCGAAAACGAGAUUAUCCUUCUUCGCUUUGCUAGUCACAACUUUGAUUAUUUGUAUCAUUACACAGACAGCACAUAUUUUCUUGUGCAAAGACUCAGAAUGUAUCUUUGAAACAUUACCUGCACAUUUAUUAAUGUGGAAUAGUCUAGUGAAAGUGUGCACAUAUCAAUUUAACAGCCAAAAAAUUAAAAAUCUCACUGACCACUUAUUCGUAGACUGGGAUAUUUUGGAGACACGGGAAGAACGCGAGAUUAUGAAAAAAUAUGCCGAGAGUGGAAGGUGGUCCUCGUUAAUAUAUGCCUGGUACUAUUAUGUAUCUACUGUUUCAUUUAUAAUGACUUCUUUAAUACCACCUAUUAUGGACAUCCUAUUUCCUUUAAAUAUUUCACGUCCAAUAAUAUUGGCAUAUCCAGCACAUUAUUUCAUUAACGAAGAACAAUAUUUCUAUUACAUAUUUUGCCACAUGUUAAUGACUGGAGUGAUAUGUAUGACUGGAUUAAUUGCACACGAUUGCAUGUUCUUUACUUACAUAGAACACGUUUGCGGUCUUUUUACAGUGGUUGGAUUUAGAUUUGAACAAAUAUUAUAUAAACGUAAUAUCGCGAAAAGAAAACUUAUUGAUUACCCGGAUGAUGUAUAUAACAAAAAUAUUGCAUUUUCAGUUCAUUCUUAUCGACGAGCUCUGCAGUUUGCAGAACUCAUUGAAAAAGUCUAUUCGAUAUCAUUCGCUAUACAACUCACGCUAGCUACGAUUGGUCUUAGCGUUACCUUAUUGCAAAUUGCACAGUUGCAUAAUUUAAUGGACACAACAAAGUACUUCGUUUACAUUUUUGCACAAUUAUUUCACUUAUUCUGCUUCAGCUUUCAAGGACAAAAAUUGAUAGAUCAUAGCCUUCAAAUUUGUUACAAAAUAUAUAAUAGUGCGUGGUAUGAGAUACCCGUGAAAGGACAAAAACUUCUUUUGAUCACGAUGAGAAAAAGCACCAAAGCCAGUACUGUGACUGCUUGCAAGAUAUAUGUAUAUUCUUUGCAAAGUUUCACAACGGUUUUGCAGACCGCAAUGUCAUACUUUACGGUGUUAGCGUCUUUCAGUGAAUAACUUGAUGGUGAUUACAGCAUACAGUAUAAUAAAGUUGAAAAAAUUUUACAAGA